AUGUCCCGUCGAUCCCAGUGGGAGAGCAUGCGCCAAGAGGCGCGGAAUAGAGUACAAAACAUGGAUGCCACGCCCAUCUUGGAGAAUACCCCCGGCUCUAGUAACUUGCCUAAUACACCGGGCGGAUCCGGUGAGCGAACUCGUGUGAAAUCCCGCCAUUCAGGACACCUGGAAGGGAGGGGUGCAAGCCUGCAUCAGCACGAAGGCAGUGGCCAGGAAAAGGACGGAGAUGCGGUGCGCACAAAAGCAGGGGCGGAGGAGGGAGUGGAAGGCGCCGACCAUGAGAACGCCGUUUGUAGACUUUACAACGCAGAGAACGCUGCGGUCUCAUUGGUGCCAAUACUGGACCUCCACGCGACUCGUCCAUUAGGAAAUAGUGUUUCAGCGGAUACGGCAGCUGCGAAUAGUUUGGUUGUGAGUAAUCCCCCAUCGUGGAACGCGCUGGAUGAGGGACAUGGGGUGCCGAAAGCCGGCAGUGCUGCCUUUUUUGAAGAAACCGUCCGGGAGUUGAGUACGGCGGGCAGUGAGAAUGGCGUGGCGACUCUCCAGUUAGAACUGGCACGGGAGAAGAGGAAAAACAUCGUUGUCGAACAGCGCCUUGUGUCGUUGGAAGAGGAGGUCAAGGUACUUCGGGCGGAGAACAUGCGACUGGCGUCAAUUACAGCAGGGGAUGCAGCUGCCACAAGGAGGGAUUCUGCAGCGGGAAUUCCGAGGGGGGAAGAAUUGCUGCGGUACGAUGUUCCGAGAGGUGGCCCGAUGCACAUGGAGCAGUUGGUGACGGAACUGAAGGAGGAGCUGGAUUUACUGAAGGAAUACACACGAGAAUUGGAGGAGCGUCUGGCGGAAAGAUCCAAUGCAUUGGAGCGAUGCAGCCGUGAAGUGGAACAAAAAGAAAGUCGCAUUCGUCAGUUAGAGCGCAUUAUGGCGGACGAAAUGAUUCGACGCUCCAAAUUGGAGUCCGCGGAGGAGAGUACGGGUGGCACCAUCCACGCACCGACCACCACCACCAAUACCAUUGCUCCUGCUGCCGACAAGCAUCAUUUCUACACUAGUAAAAGCAACACCGAGAAGGGAAAUAAUGAAGGCGGCAGUGGUAAAAAUCACGAGCCUAACAGUCGGAUGCGUGAAAAACCGAUUAGCAAGGUCGAGGCGCCCUCUGUGGUAUAUCGUGUCACAUCCCUCACACGGGCACGCUCAGAAACGGAGCACCCUCCCGGGGGUGCCGGCUCGGAGCCCCUGGCGCAAAAAAAUCGUGCAUCGGUUCCUCAGGAAACAACGCCUUCCAGUCUCUCUCUGAAGCAAGAAAAGUCGUCGAAGUCGGAUUUGUCUCUUUCGCCGCACAAUCCGCGGAAAAGUGGACCUUCCACGACGAAAAACAGUAACGCUCUCGAACAAAUCCAUAGCCAUGCCUUCCUUCAGAACGAAGAACAACAAAAUCACCAUCAUUACCAUCGUUUGGGUGUCUCCUCAGUGAAUGCAACACCACGACGUGCCUCGUUAAUCACUCGCAAGACGGGGGCGUCGGUCGCAAUACCCUCCGUGAAGACAAGUAGUCGGAGAGGAGGUAAGGAAAUGUCAGCGCCAUCAUCCGCGCGUCAGGGUAGUGCCACACGAAGGAAAUCGGUAUCCAAAAAUGUCAACCGUGAUCGACAGUCCACACCGAAGCGGAAUAAUACAAGUUCCAUUUCAAAUGCUCAGUAUGCGGAUGAGUCAACGCAGAGGGAUAGUAAUCCGGCAUUAUUGCUAGCAUCGCGGCGUAGUGUGAGUCGACCACCACCGCUUGAGAAUUCCACCAUUUCGACGUCGGUUAUGAACUUAAAUACAACAACUCUGCAGCACAUGGAUACACGAUCCGUUGCGUCAACAGUUCGUUCUCGACCACGCAUCAUCCAUGAAGACAGCGUCAACGUAGUGAUUCAGGCAAGCACCACAACAGUUGUUACACGCAGUGCGAAAAAACGGGAGUCUUUGAUCCCGCAGCCGCAGCCGCGCGCUGAUGCAGUUGAGCCUGUUCCAUCGGAUCAUCCUUUUGUCUCCGAGAAGUUUUCCACAACUACGUACCGACCAAACCGGCUACUUCGGUAUCACAAGGACGACUCGAACACGCGUUCUUUGACUCCUCCACCGCUGUAA